GUUCAUACAUACAUCCUUCAAAAGCCGGUCCUUGCUCCACCGGCCAACGGCUCCGCUCCCGCAGCGCAUCCGGGCAUGCAGCCCCGCUUCGACGCCCUAUCAUGCCCCGGCCGUGUCUGCUGCUUCGUCAACCCAUCCCGGACCCAGAUCCGCCGAAACAACUUCGGCUUAUACUACUCGCGAGACGAAUAGCGAGGGAGUGCUCAAGAGACGUCCCACCUAAAAUGAAGUCCCAAAGAGAAGUUGAGGCCGAGGUCCGCUCCUGGGGCUUCUCCCACGUCUUCACCUGGACCGACGGUCCGAAUGCACACUACCCGCCCCAUUCCCACGCUGGGCUCACGACACAUGUCAUCCUUCGCGGCCAGCUCACCAUUGCAUACCCCGAGGACGAGGACCCGGAACAGAGGAGCAGGAAGACCACUUACGGCGUCGGAGACCGCAUCGACGUAGAGGCUGGCCGUGUGCACGAGGUGUGGAUGGGCGCCGAGGGCUGUACGUAUGUGAUUGGGGAAUAAAUCAAGUCAACCCACCCGACCCAUCCAUCUAUCCAUCCGAUCACGAGGGAAGGAAUCGACUGUGAGCACCAAUACGAGCAUGUAUGUUUCCUGCUCGCGAUUUCUCGUCAGCCCAUCAUCUCUGCAACCUGAAGAAGGCCAACCCAGAAUCGGAAGUGAACAGAACG